AUAUGUGUUUGCUUUUCGAUCAACCUCAAGUUUUGAGUAGUAUAUAUAAAAGUUUGCGAUGUGAUACUAAUUUAGUAUUACUGCAGAGGCUUUUGGCCCCCGCAGCCCUGUUUAAACCACACACUUCUGAAUACCUCAAAGACUAAGGUAAACUCUUGCCCGUUGCCCCCAUUGCCAGCCGCCGCCCGAAGAGUAAGAACUAGAGGAAGCACCUUGCAACCAAGCAAAUAAACCAGAUAAAAGCGCGUUGGAAAAGAAAUCCCUUUCGUUACAUCGUAGAAUGGUAGAAGGUGAACCUGUUUCAAAACACAAAGCAGAUUGUGAUGUAAAUGACGAGCGCAUUCUAAACGGGUGCGGAUCAAAGGAUCUAGAGCUCGCAAACUUUGCAACCCUUAAGGAUUUGGGAAAAAUCCCCGCAUCGGAUGUGGAAAAGGGCAGCAGCGACAAGGCAGACUUCGAGCGCGCUAUCGAACUGACCGAGUAUGGCAAGUUUCACUACCUUCUGCUAGCAGUAUGCGGCUUCGUGAGCACCUCCGAGGAGAUGGACGUCAUCUCGAUGUCGUUCAUCUUGCCCUCGGCUCAGUGCGACUUAAACCUCAACACACACACCAAGGGAUGGCUCAACUCCAUCAUCUUCAUCGGCAUGAUGGCGGGCGCCUACACGUGGGGCUCCGUCGCAGACACGCUGGGCCGUAAGAAGGUGCUCAUCGCUAGUUCUUUCAUGAACGCCAUAUGCAUUGUUGCUUCCAGCUUCAGUCAGUCGUAUGAGCUGUUCAUGCUUUUCAGAUUCCUCAACGGGGCGGCAUUGGGGGGCAGCGGGCCAGUAAUAUGGUCCUAUUUCGCAGAAUUCCAGCCGAAAGCCAAGAGAGGCUCCAUGUUGUCGUUCAUGGCAGCCUUUUGGACUUUGGGCAAUUUAUUCGUGGCUGGUCUCGCCUGGAUCAUAAUCCCGCAGAAGAUCGGCAUUCAAACUGCAUCGUUCGUUUACAAUUCUUGGAGAAUUUUCUUGUUGAUAUGCGCCAUUCCAUCGUUCAUUGUGGCAGCGCUUUUGUGCUUUUUGCCGGAGAGUCCGAAGUUUUUGUUGAGUCGGGGCAAAAGCGAGAAGGCUCACAACAUUUUCAAGUAUAUCUAUCACAUCAACACAGGCAACGAUCCAGAAGACUAUCCUGUCAAACAUUUGAUAUUAGAGGAGAGUCACAAAACUAGCGAGCAAGAAACUAAAGAAGCAGGUCGUUCGAAAUACAGGAACAUGCUCAGCGAUAUUAUCGAUAACAGCAGACAGCUCUUCGUAUCGCCAGUUUUAAGGUUCACCAUUAUUUCAAUUACUAUCAACUUCACAUUCCAUAUUGGGUAUUACGGUCUGAUGAUGUGGUUUCCUGAAUUAUUUAACCGUUUCGACAAAUAUUCGAUUGCUUAUCCAAAUCAGACAGCUUCAGUUUGCGCUGUGACCGAAUACGUGGUCAAAUUAAGCGCUGAAAACGGCAUCGACCAUUGUUCCGAAGAAAUCGAGAGUGCCGUGUUCAUGGAGUCCUUGAUUACCGUCGCGGCUGCCUUACCUAGCAACAUCUUUGCUGUCUUGGGCAUGGACAGGCUCGGUCGCAAAUUUUUCCUAGUUUUCAGUACUAUAUCGUCAGGUCUGUGCGCAGCUUCAAUGUAUUUUGUUUAUAACAAAACCCACAACUUGAUUGUGUCGGCAGUCUUCAGCAGUGUUAUUUCUUGUGGAAAUGCAGCUUUAGAUUGCUUGAUCACGGAAAUUUUUCCAACCAAUCUCAGGGCAACAGGCGUGGCUGUUUCGAUGGUGGCGGCCCGUUUGGGCGGUAUUAUCGGCAACAUCGUAAUAGCAACCCUGCUGGAUAAAUACUGUCCCGCGCCAACGUUCAUAGUGGCAGCGUUGCUAAUAGGCGGAGGUCUGCUUUGUCUAUUUUUGCCAAACACCACUCGCGAACCUUUGUCUUAACAUCAGUCCGUUUUUAAUAUGUAUAAUAUUAUAUAAGGCUAAAUAUUUAAAUCUUAGUUUAUUACGUUUAUUCCUCAUUCAAGCAUUUGUAGAUACAACUGUAAUUCAUUUAUAGUAUUUUUUUUUAGUCGAUUUUAGUUUAGUAUCCAUAUAGUUAUCAUACUCUAUCAUUUAUAAACAAUGUAUUAUAAUUAUAUUAAUAAAAAACGAAUUAUUUUCAAUUA